UUUCUUAUGCGGCUCCUGCCGAGUCCUUUUCCAGCCCCUCUUCCCCCAGCCACACCGGAGAACCUGUUUAGCCAGCGCUUGGCAGUCGUUAGGUAGGUUGUACUGUAGGGAGGACUUGAGAGCAUAGUUGUCUCAGGAGAAGCGGUCGCAUCUUUGCAAAACGGUAUACCCGCUGUGGUUUGCGUUUCCUCUCUACUGAAGUAUGAAGUUGCAAGUUCACACUGGCACAUUCGCAGGGCUGUGCAAUCAUUGCACUUUAUUUCAUAGGUGAAUAAGCGCUUUUUAGCUUUCUUUGUAUAUUGAGUUGCUUUUGAAUUGCUGCCCAUAUUUUUAUUUCAUACAAACUGAACAAUUGUGGCCCCUCUAUUUUAUUUAUAAAGGUUCAGUGUAUCUUUGCCUGCCUACAUCAAUCUGCAAGGGAGUUGCAGAAAAGCCUCAUGUUCAUCGAGCCGUGAGUCACAACCAAUUUCUAAGCUGUUAUAACAAAAAAGUGUUUGUUUUUUUCACAAGUAACUUUAAAAGUGUAGUUUAGAAAGAAAACAUUUUCAAUAAAAAGACACUACAUUAAUCCUGGAUGCUUGCAAAUCCUAAAAUAUAUUCCUCCUUUAGUAUUACACAGCACUGUGUCAUAUACACAGAUUAGCUUUAAAAUUUGUCACAUACCACUUUGACUUUACUUUUAUGUAUCAUUCCCCCUGACUUCCUUACUGCAGGUGUGGGCAAGAAAACUUUUCCUUUAAAACUUUUCAACAGCGGGCAUAAAAUUCUGCAGCUGAGGUCUUGAAGAAUGCAGAUGGGUACAGUAUGUGUUGGAGCUCACAGUGUGUAUUGACUAACCUAGUUUCUUUUUGCUUUUUUUUUUGGUAUUGUUAAAAGUGACUCCUAGGUGCCAACUCUCUUUUUUAAGGGUGGGAAUGAAGGGGAUAGGAAGAAUAGGUCUUGAUUAUUUAACUCAUUGAAAGAGUUUGAAAGCUUCCUCGUCACAUAACUUUGGGCAAAACACUGCCUGUGCAGCAUUUGUCCAUAACAUAAAAGAUCUGAGUAGCUUUUGUUGGUGGAAAUUACCAGCUCUGUAAGUCAUCCAUGGUGGUUCAUGGCCCUCUCAUUGGUGUGGGUUUUUGGAAUCUCAUUGCCCAUGUUUGUGUGUGUGUGUGUGUGUGUGUGUCUAGUGGCCUUUUGGUGCUCAGCCUUUUACUUCUGACUCUGACUUUUUUGGCACAACAAUGGAGUCAGACCUCAUUAAGUGUGAUUCUUCAUGGUCUCUUUAGUCUAAGAAAAAAAUGUGUAUUCUAUUCCAGUUGUAAAUACCUUUAGAUCAGCUUUUCAUUGUGUUUGAUGGGAAGAACACAGAAAUGAUAGUCUGCAAAUCAUCCGGAUGAAUUGUUGUACCAGAUACCCUUUUAUUGUUAAUGUGAUAAUAUUGUCUUAUUUAAAACCACAAAUGAAUUUCAGGAGACGAAACCAGACAGAGGGUCAAGUUUACAGAUGAUCGUGUCUGCAAGAGUCACCUUCUGGACUGCUGCCCCCAUGACAUCCUGGCUGGGACGCGCAUGGAUUUAGGAGAAUGUACCAAAAUUCACGACUUGGCCCUCCGAGCAGAUUAUGAGAUUGCAAGUAAAGAAAGAGACCUGUUUUUUGAAUUGGAUGUGAAAGGGGGGACUCUACCCUCAGAACAUGAGGGAAUAAUAUUUACGUGGCUCACAAAGACCAGCAAUGGAUCAUUUGGAGUCCUUUAUUGCAGAGUGUGAUCGGAGAACUGAGCUUGCCAAGAAACGGCUGGCGGAAACACAGGAGGAGAUCAGUGCGGAAGUUUCUGCAAAGGCAGAAAAAGUACAUGAGUUGAAUGAAGAAAUAGGAAAACUCCUUGCUAAAGCUGAGCAGCUGGGGGCUGAAGGAAAUGUGGAUGAAUCCCAGAAGAUUCUUAUGGAAGUCGAGAAAGUUCGUGCAAAGAAGAAAGAUGCUGAGGAAGAAUACAGAAAUUCCAUGCCUGCAUCCAGUUUUCAACAGCAAAAAUUGCGUGUCUGUGAGGUCUGCUCAGCCUACCUUGGUCUCCAUGACAAUGACCGUCGUCUGGCAGAUCACUUCGGGGGCAAGUUACACUUGGGAUUCAUUCAGAUCCGAGAAAAGCUUGACCAGUUGAGGAAAACUGUGGCUGAAAAGCAGGAGAAAAGAAAUCAGGAUCGCUUAAGGAGGAGAGAAGAGAGGGAGCGGGAGGAGCGACUGAGCAGGAGGUCUGGAUCAAGAACCAGAGAUCGCAGAAGGUCACGCUCCCGGGACCGUCGUCGGAGGCGGUCAAGAUCUGCCUCCCGAGAGCGACGGAAGUCAUCCAGGUCCCGGUCCCGAGACAGACACCGGCGCCACCGCAGCCGUUCCCGAAGUCACAGUCGGGGACACCGCCGGGCUUCCCGGGACCGGAGUGCGAAAUACAAGUUCUCCAGAGAGCGGGUAUCGAGAGAGGAGUCCUGGGAGUGCGGGCGGAGCGAGCGAGGGUCCACCGACAGGAGGCUGGAGAGCACCAAUGGAAAGGCGGCUUCACGGAAGUCAGAGGAGAAGGAGGCCGGCGAGAUCUGAGCCCAUGCCCGGGCGCUGUACAUAGUCUGAUAAAUGUUCAUCACGGCCUAGAAUUGCCCUUUAUAUUUGCUGAAUACAACUCCUCUUUUGUAGUUUAAAAUUUCUAUUGUUUUGGAGCUAGCUGUGAGUUUCCAGAGUUGUACAGAGUUGCUCCUGUGUUCCGGGGUUCUGUUGAGUAGGAAUAAAUGAACCUGACCGACUGCUUUCUGA